AUCGAGACAGCAUACUCGCACACGAAUAGCCUGUUGACUCAAAAAAUUUUGCAAGUCAAGUUACUGGGAGGAUUCGACAAAAUGCGCUCCUACCUUUUACUUCUCCUGUUUCUAAGCGCUGUCGCUCAUAAUGUGAACGCCUCCGGAUCCUUUAAGGAUGUGCUGCAGCGUGCCAAGGAAGAGGCCAGCCAUAUUAAAUCGCGCUUACGGGACAAGGAACGCAUGCAGGAGAAGCUGAAGAGCAUGCAAAAUGAUCUGGAGGAGCUUUACAAAAUGGCAGUAGCUGAGGCGCAACGGGUAGCAGAGCCCUACCUACAGGCAGGCCAGCAGUCCUGGGUUCAAUUUCGUGCCCGUGCAGAGCGCGCCUCCGCGCGUGCUGAGACGUGGCUCCGGAACCAGUACAAGCGCGCCCUCGUGUUGCACUGGGCGGCGGUGGACUCUGUCCACGGCCACAUCUCUUCUUCGGGGCUACCCAAGCGGGACAUGGUGGAGAAGAAGCACGUCGCGACCGGUCUACUGGGUGCAUACAGCGGCGUUAUCGCGCUUGUCAUGUCCCUGCUGCUCCGCCGGGCGUUCUGAAGACUCAUCUGGUUUUAUUGAAAUUUGCCCGAACAAAAGUAAAAGGCAUGCGAAGAAAUUCUUUUAUAGUAAGGGUUUUAUGUGUGUAAAUGUAUAAAACGUGAGCUGUGACAAGAGAGAUGGGACAAUCGACUUGAGGGCCCGUGAAAGGGUUUAGCGAGUGCGGGGAAAGUGGACAUGCAUUUG